CUGCGUCUUGUAUCGAUGUUUCGGGGAGGAGAGACGGGAAUAAUUAAUUUCGGGUUUCAGAAUAGCGAGAUGGAGAAUUUUAUUUUAACUCGCGACACUGGGAGACUGACAUUGGAACAGCGCAGAUUCUACGAGAUGAGUGGUUACCUGGUGAUUCCCAAACUAAUACCUCAGGAGACCCUCAAUAAAUUCAGUCGCAGGUUCGACGAUAUCGUCGCUGGAAAAACCGGUCGAGGCGUGAUGACAGUGAUGAGAGAUGUGGUGGAUCGAUCAUCCGUCAAUAAGCUCCAGGAUAUCAACCACGAUGAAGUAUUUCGCUGUUACAUCGAGAAUAAAAAAAUCCUGGACAUCGUCGAGUGCUUCACCGGGGGAAAUAUCAUGGCUAUCCACUCCAUGCUCAUUGCAAAACCCCCGGAUGUUGGGGCCAACAGCAGCAGACACCCACCCCAUCAGGACCUGUACUACUUUCCCAUUCGUCCGGUAAAUAAAAUUGUAGCGACGUGGACAGCCAUUGAGCCCUGCGACACGGAAAACGGCUGUUUAUUCGUCGCCCCCGGGAGUCAUCUCCGGGGAGUGCUGUAUCCACACGCCUAUCCCCAGGACCAGAUUGCCAACAAAAUGUAUUUCGGCAUUCAGGAUCUGUCGGAAUUCACUCGGUGGAUAGACCUUGAAAUGGAGCCUGGUGACACAGUUUUCUUCCAUCCACUUCUGAUUCACGGAUCCGGUGCGAACAAAUCGAAUCGUACGAGAAAAGCAAUUUCCUGUCACUACGCAGCUGCGGAAUGCAACUACAUCGAGGUAAAUGGAACUGUUCAAGAAAAUAUGGCGAGAGAAGUUCUCGAGGUAGCAGCGAGACGAUACCCGGACAUUGAAAUUCGUUUGCAGGACGUCUGGCGGUUUAAGUCCAGUAUAGCACGAGGAUUGAAAUGUAAUCUUUAAAAAUUAAUAUUGACUCUAUGGCAUGAAGUUGAAUCAAUCAACAUUGAUUUUUCGAUCUAUAAACAAUCUGCUAGUGAUGUCGCCGCAAAUCGAUGAGAAUAAACUAUAAAAAAAAUCGAUGCACAAAACGAUUAAGGGAGCCAGUAAUAAUCAUACAACUCAAUGCAUUUCUCAUGAUCAAUAGACAAGGAUUCAGGAUUGGGAUAAUGAAGGAUAAAUAACCGCACAGU